CCCGCCCGGGGCGAGGCGGGUCGGGUUCUGUAGGCUGGCUGGUGGGAUGGCAGAUGAGGAAGAGGACCCCACUGUGAGUGACCACCUCUGUUCCAACCCGCUCUUUUCUUCACUCUCUCGGUUUGAGGAAGAAAAUGAAGAAAUUGGAGGAGGUGCAGAAGGUGGACAGGGAAAAAGAAAGAGACUUUUUUCUAAAGAAUUACGAUGUAUGAUGUAUGGGUUUGGGGAUGACCAGAAUCCUUACACUGAGUCAGUGGAUAUUCUUGAAGACCUUGUUAUAGAGUUCAUCACUGAAAUGACUCACAAAGCAAUGUCAAUUGGAAGACAAGGGCGGGUACAAGUUGAAGAUAUCGUCUUCUUGAUUCGAAAGGACCCAAGGAAGUUUGCUAGGGUUAAAGACUUGCUUACUAUGAAUGAAGAAUUGAAACGAGCUAGAAAAGCAUUUGAUGAAGCAAACUAUGGAUCUUGACACCUUCAUACUUUCUGAAGCUUCAUUCAUCUUCUGGGGAAACCAUACAUAAUAACUAUAUUUUCCACAGUAAGGUCCUAAUGUCUAGCCAUGUAAGUGAAAGAUGGAGUAACAUCGUUUCCCACCUUUGUUUUCAUGUUCUUCGAUUUUAGAAUGAUAAUUUGAGCCUUUAAUUGCCUGCCAUUAUAGUACCAUACCUAAAUUACUUAGUGGGUUUUAAUGGCCACAUGUAAGUUGAAGGACCUUGCGAACCACAUAGUACCUUCUGACUUGUGACUGUCUAAAUGAUGAAGUAUUAUUUAUGUAUCGGGUGUAUUUGUGCCGUUGUAAGCUAUAUUGUAGCUGUUUAAUACAUGAAACCUAAUGGCACCUUUGACUUUAUGACAGCUAAGCCCAUGUGUUUCAUGUACUCUGAAGUUUUUAGACUACAGUGUCUCAGAGGUUAUGAAACGAUAGUAAACUGGUUUGUUUCUUUUAAGGAGAAGAUGUUAUAAGAAAAUACAGUCUUUUGUAAGUGUUUAUCUAUCUUAAGGUAAUUUGUUUUAAUAGUUUUUCUUUAGAUACAGAGUGAUUGGGGUAAGAGAAACUGAAAAUUUCAUGUGAAUGCUUCUGUGUGGGAAGGCUUUUUUUGAUUUAAAACCUUUUGAACUUAACAUAUACUAUUUGUCAAGUUUUAAGAGAACUCAUUUCCCCAGGGUCAGAUUAAAGCUUCUAAAAAUAAAUGCUUUCAGUAGCAAGAAGGGCAUUACUUAAAAAGCUGAUGGCAGGAUAAGCUUUUGUGGUAGUGUUUUAUUAACGUAUUUGUUAGUACUUGUUCAUUGUGGAAAUGUGUACUUGACUGAAACCAUAUUUGGCUAGGGAAACCACUUUUGUAAUUCAGGGUAUACAGGUUUUGCAUGUAUUUAGCUUAUAGUAUUAAAUUAUUAUUGUACUUAGCCUCAAAUAAGGAUUAAAAUUACAUUUAAAGUCAUCACUGACUAUUACUCUUUGUGAAACUGAAUGUCUUGUGUGUCACUUCUAAACAUUAUCUAUAAAAUCAGUACUUAGGAAAAUUUACUUUCUUAACCUAUUGAUACACAGAGU